AUGGAAAUUGAUGUGCAGUAUCUAAUUCGCGCGCUCACGUAUUUCACAAAAACAGAAGACGGAGAACUCUCAGAAGGUGACAUUAAUAUAAUUUUUAACAAAAUUCUUUCUCAAAAUUUGAGUCAUGAAAAUGUACGCGAGUUGAUUAAAAACGUGAAAGAAAGCAUACAUAGGAAUAGGCCUAACUACGUCGAAAAUUUUAUUUUGACACCUUCCAUUUUGCAUAUACUAAUAAAUAGACAAUUAAAGAAGCACAGCUUGGACGAAAUUUUUAAGGACUUAUUCAAAUGUAUUGAAUCCAAGGGAAAAAUGGGAAAAAAUGAGUUACGGACCUUUAUAGACUUGUGCAAAAAAAAUACCACCUCAGGUGAUUCAUCAUUGAACUUGAAUAAAUUUAAUUUCGGAGUGACGAAUUCAGGCGAAUCUGUCGAUUACAACACAUUUCUCAAUUUGAUGGAAGGUUAUUUAAAAAGGGUGUAA